AUGACUGAAGCCGGACCACGGCAGAUUUCUGGAGACAUGGCCACAGAGCAUAUAAAUGGAAAUGGUCCAGAAGAUCCAAUGGACACCUCUGCUGCAGUUACCCAUUCUGAGCACUUCCAGACUUUAUUAGAAGCUGGUUUACCACAGAAAGUUGCUGAAAAACUAGAUGAAAUUUACCUAGCAGGUUUGGUAUCUCACAGUGAUCUUGAUGAUCGAGCACUUGAGGCUCUGAAAGAAUUCAACGAAGAAGGUGCUCUUCAAGUAUUGUUACAAUUUAAGGACAGUGACCUUUCACAUGUUCAGAACAAAAGUGCCUUUCUUUGUGGAGUGAUGAAGACCUACAGGCAGAGAGAGAAGCAGGGGACCAAAGUGUCUGAUACUAUUAAAGGACCAGAUGAAGCCAAAAUUAAAGCUCUACUGGACAGAACUGGCUACACACUUGACGUGACAACAGGCCAGAGAAAGUAUGGUGGGCCCCCACCAGAGUGUGCCUACUCUGGGGCACAGCCCACUGUUGGGACAGAGAUUUUUGUAGGCAAAAUCCCCAGAGACCUUUUUGAAGAUGAGCUUGUUCCACUGUUUGAAAAAGCAGGCCCCAUCUGGGACUUGCGUCUUAUGAUGGAUCCAUUCAGUGGCCUCAACAGAGGCUAUGCCUUUGUCACUUUCUGCACUAAAGACGCUGCGCUGCAAGCUGUCAAAUUGUGCAAUAAUAAUGAAAUACGCCCAGGGAAACAGAUAGGAGUGUGCAUUUCUGUGGCCAACAACCGUCUUUUUGUUGGGUCCAUCCCCAAGAGUAAAACAAAAGAACAGAUAGUGGAAGAAUUUGCAAAAGUCACAGAGGGUUUGAAUGAUGUCAUUUUGUACCACCAACCGGAUGACAAGAAGAAGAAUCGAGGCUUUUGUUUCCUGGAGUAUGAAGACCAUAAGACUGCGGCACAGGCUCGUCGCAGACUCAUGAGUGGAAAAGUUAAGGUGUGGGGAAAUGUGGUCACUGUAGAAUGGGCCGAUCCUAUUGAGGACCCAGACCCGGAGGUCAUGGCGAAGGUUAAGGUGCUAUUUGUUAGAAAUCUGGCUAGCACUGUUACAGAAGAGAUACUUGAAAAAACCUUCAGUCAGUUUGGCAAACUGGAACGUGUGAAAAAACUUAAAGAUUAUGCAUUCAUCCACUUUGAAGAAAGAGAUGGUGCUGUGAAGGCGCUCGCUGACCUGAAUGGGAAAGAGCUUGAGGGAGAACACAUUGAAAUAGUUUUUGCAAAACCCCCUGACCAGAAAAGAAAAGAACGUAAAGCCCAGAGACAAGCCGCUAAAACACAAAUGUAUGAUGAUUACUACUACUACAUGCCACCUCACAUGGCCCCUCCGGCCAGGGGCCGAGGGAGGGGUGGGCGAGGCGGGUACACAUACCCUCACGACUAUUAUUGUUAUGAAGACUAUUAUGAUUACUAUGGAUACGACUAUCACAACUACCGUGGGGGCUACGAUGACCCAUACUAUGGCUAUGAAGACUUCCAAGGCGAGGUGCGCCAGGAGCAACCCGAGCAGGGAAACGUGGCCGGGCACGCUCCUGACCUGCCCCUGUGGAUACUGACUUGA